AUGCACGCCCUGCGACCCUGCUUACUCGGCGUGAGGCAACCUGGCGUAGGCCAGGGCUGGCGCUGGUGGCCAUACGGGAAAACCAUCUCCCGACCCGUCCUGAUCCACGUUGACGACGCGAUCAAUCUCAAUGUACACGGACUAACUCUCGUCGAUUCGCCGGGCUGGAAUACCCGCUUCCGCGGCGAGCAUCUCAACAUUACGCACUUGCGCAUCGAGUCGGGCUUGGACAGCUGCGGCGGCUACACCUCGGCACCCAACACCGAUGGCAUCAAUAUUGGCGGUCAACACAUCUAUGUGGCCGAUAUUUUUGUUCACAAUGGCGAUGAUUGUAUUCCCACCAACGCCUACGAUCCUCGCUAUGCCGGCUUGUACAUCAACGUCUUUGAGGAAGAUGCCGUCAGUUGCGAGCCACGCCCAGGCACCCCGCCUGCCCAUUGGCUAUCUGCCUCGCAAAUGUUUUAUCGUAACAUCACAGGCUACGAUUUGCCCACCGCCGGCUGCUUCAACUGUGCGGCGAGCCGGCCCUGCGAGGGUCUCCACUUUACCGAUGUCAAUCUUCACAGGACGAUGAGUGACGGCUUGCCCCCCUUGUCGGCCAUCGCCGCUGGCGCCCGCACGGGGGUCGUUAAGCAACCACUCGAGAUCAAGGGCAAACGCCGCGCUCUCAAACCCAUCCCCGCCGCUCUGACUCAAGCCCGCCCAACCACGGCCGCAGCGUCCUCCCAUGACCUCUCUCGCUUCCUCGGCCAGGUCACACCGGAUAAGAUCGAAGACCUCCUCCAACGAACUGGCACCAAACUACACGCUAUCCGCCAGGCUUUACAGGAAGCAGAAACGACCGUGGUGCUGCUGUCCCAUUUCUGGCUGAGCGAGAUCUCAGAUGAGAAUCGAGAUGAGCUCCUGGAGAUGGAGCAAGAGCUCUUUCUCGAAGAGCUGCGCCUGCUCGCUCCCGCAGGUAUCUCGGACCAGGAAGCACGCAUUGUCCUGCGCGUUUGCUUCCCUGAGAUGCCCGGUACCUUUUACGAGGAGGACGGCGCUGGGUUUCUGGAUAUGCUGCACGUCACACUGGCACAGGGCUCCCCGGCUUUUCGCCAAUUUUUGACUUCAAUCACCUACGACAGAUGCAUUGAACAAGGCUUUGCUCGACCUGGCACCUCGUCUGGCAGCCGCAGCUACAGUCAUCGGCCCCUGACUCGCACACAACAGCGCGGAGCCACCGCAGCAGGAGGUGGCCACCCAGAGCAACUGAAUGAUUCUUUAGCCGAUUCAACAAGUGAAGUUCGCCUUGCGUCCCAACUAGCCCCGUUGCCUGCCAUCUCUAGCGGUCGGAAUUCAUCAGAACCCAAUGAGGCUGAAAGUGUCAAAGAGCAAGCGAGCAACGCUGCAGUGCGCGAAGCUUUUUUGGCUGCCGAGCUCGGUCAUGCCGAUGUUCUCUUUUAUUACUUGGAACGCAAUCUGGUCGAUAUGGCAGCUACAGAUGAGCUCGGUCGUAGCUUACUCUUUGUUGCCGCUGUGAAGGGGCACAUGGACGUGGCCACCAUGCUGCUGGCCAACGAUGCGCAGCCUUUAAUCAACCGGUUGGUCGGGUCAAGUCAUCGCGGCCCGUUGCAUUCGCCCUCUGCCUUUUACUUGUCCGUCCGAUCAUAA